CUUGUGAUGAAUGAUGAUGGAUGACAUGACAGCCGAACAAAAAUUACGGCGUGGAUUUAUGGUUAAAAAAUUUGCGAAAAUCUGUUGACUGCAUCUCGAAAUAGAUGUUAGAAUAUAAUUAACCGCGUUACUGCAUGGUGAUUGAUAGUUCUACUUACUAGUUGUUGAUGUCAAUAUAAUGACCGAUAAUUCAAAAGUUUCGAGGCAAAGUUUGUGCAUAUCAUUGUCGUUAGCGCGUAAGUCGAGCUCUCCGGUGUUUGGUGUGUUAUAGCAGCGGUGGACAGUGAUAUCUAGGAGAUGGUGUCGAUGGUGUUAGCAAACGGAUCAAAAGAAAACUAUAUUUGAUUGUGUAUACUGGAGAUAUUGCGGUAGAUAUUUGUUAAUAUGUAUCCAACAGCUACGCGGCACCCGGCUGCCGCGGUAAGGGGUCCUCAGCCGCCGUCAGGACCUAUUAAAUUUACAAUAGCAGACACACUAGAGCGUAUUAAAGAGGAAUUCAACUUUCUUCAAGCUCAGUACCAUACUUUAAAAUUGGAAUGUGAGAAACUGGCCAGUGAGAAGACGGAAAUGCAGAGGCAUUAUGUUAUGGUAAUUAAAUUUUAUGUAGCCAUUGAUAAAGAAAGUUUAUAUUUGUGAACAAAUGUCAGUGUUAAAUCAGAAACAAAUAGUGAUAGAGGAGAAACUGAGAUAUAAUUAUUCAAAUAUUGACUGUUUGCUGUAGAUAAUAAUGUAGGCUAAGCUUAGUUGUUCUCAAAUAGUUAUUGAGCAUGUUGUGAAACCAAGUCAAUAGAGAUACUUUGUCAGUGAUAAGUUAGGUUAAAUUUGUUCUUAAACUGUCAAACACCAAGUGGUCACCGGUGACCGCAGCCUAUUGUUCUAUAAUUGUGUCUAUAAAACCGGUACUCGACGAGUUAAGAUGUAGAUACUGUUUUUAACUAUUUGUGGUUAUUUGAUUGUAAACAAUGUUACUAAACUAACUUUCUGAUUUAGUUUGCAACAAUGUAGAUUUACAAGUUUGAUACUCAUUAUAAAGUAGUGCACUGCCAAGACAUGUCCUAUACAACUUUCAGGAUGACAGUGUAGAACUUACAGGAUGACCUAGAUUUUGAUUUGAUGUCUAUAGUCUUAAUGUCUUCCGAAACUGUAAAACCAUUGCUCAAAAACAAACUAAGCAGCUUAAACUGCCAAACACCGAGCGGUCACCGAUGACCGCAACCUAUUGUUCUAUAAUUGUGUCUAUAAUGACGGUACUCAACGAGUUAAAUUGCAAUUUCCAAAGGGACGUAAACUUGUUUCUCUUUAAUUUGAGCCAUGGUUAG